AUGUUGUCUCGAAUCGGACGGUCGGCGUAUCGCUCAUCGCGCGCGUCGAUGAAUAAAGGCGCUUUGUCGGGCAGUUACGGGCUGCGGUCGUCGGCCCUGACGGAGCUUUCGUCGGGAAAUGCGGCCGAAAUCGGUGGGCUAGGGUUAGUGAGGAGCUACCUGACGUCAAUUGGAGCUGGUAAGCACGUCUCGAGGAGUGAUUUGUUACAGGAAUUCAAGUCGGUGUUCAGAAACGCUGGCCUGCGGAGAACGUUCUGCAGUGAGGCCCCAAAGAAAAAGAAAUACGAAAACUACUAUCCGAAGAACAAGUCUGAAAUUCCGAAGGAGAAUAAUCAGAAGUCGGGGGCCAAAGAGGACUCAGGAGCAGGUGAGCAAUGGAACAAUCCAGAAACGUCGAGGAAAUUUCAAAAUUUGUUUGCUAUCCCAUUGUUGGUUGCGCUCGGGGGGCUUUUAUUCAUGUUGAGUCAUCCUAAUGACGUGAAGCCGAUAAGUUUCCAAGAAUUCAAGACCAAGCUACUCGAACCUGGCAUGGUGGAUCACAUAGUUGUUUCGAACAAGUCAGUUGCAAAGGUAUACAUAAAGAAUUCACAACCUAACGGCAACUCAACCGUAGUGGACACCAUUCAGGAUCCAGUCGGUCAAACGAAUGACAAAAGUAGCCCUAGCCAUUAUAAAUACUAUAUCAACAUUGGAAGUGUGGAAUCAUUUGAGGAGAAGCUGGAGGAAGUCCAGGAAGCAUUAGGAGUUGACCCUCAUGAUCAUAUCCCGGUCACUUAUGUCUCUGAGCUGAAUUUUUUCAAAGAACUCAUGAAGUAUGGUCCUACAUUAUUGCUUUUACUAGGUAUGUAUUACAUUGGAAAGAGAAGUGGGAUUGGUGUCGGUGGUCCUGGCAUGAAGGGCGGCCGUGGAAUCUUCAACAUCGGGAAAGCUCACGUCACGAAAUUGGAUAAAAGCUCCAAGAAUAAGGUCUUUUUCAAAGAUGUAGCUGGCUGUGAUGAAGCGAAACAAGAAAUCAUGGAAUUCGUUCACUUCCUGCAGAACCCCAAGAAGUACGAGGAGCUAGGCGCGAAAAUCCCAAAAGGCGCCCUCCUUGUGGGCCCACCCGGGACCGGGAAAACCCUUCUCGCCAAGGCAACUGCCGGCGAAUCCGGAGUGCCCUUCCUUUCCAUAUCCGGCUCGGAUUUCAUGGAGAUGUUUGUUGGUGUGGGGCCCUCAAGGGUCCGAAGCCUAUUCCAAGAGGCAAGACAGUGUGCCCCGAGCAUAGUCUUCAUCGAUGAAAUAGACGCCAUUGGCCGAGCUCGUGGCCGUGGGGCUUUUUCCGGUGGGAAUGACGAGCGUGAAAGCACGCUGAAUCAGCUUCUCGUCGAGAUGGAUGGAUUCGGGACAACUUCUGGUGUGGUUGUACUUGCAGGUACAAACCGGCCCGACAUACUGGAUAAGGCCUUGCUGAGGCCCGGGAGGUUUGACCGUCAGAUCACGAUCGACAAGCCCGAUAUUAAGGGACGGGAUCAGAUAUUCCGUAUCUAUCUCAACAAGCUAAAGCUUGACCAGGAGCCUUCAUACUACUCGCAGAGGCUUGCAGCUCUCACUCCUGGGUUUGCCGGGGCAGAUAUUGCUAACGUAUGUAAUGAAGCGGCCUUAAUUGCUGCUAGGACCGAGAGCUCGAUAAUCACGAUGCAGCAUUUUGAGUCGGCUAUUGAUCGAGUGAUCGGAGGCCUCGAGAAGAAGAACAAGGUUAUCAGCAAGAUGGAGAGGCGAACUGUAGCUUACCACGAAUCUGGCCAUGCCGUUGUCGGCUGGUUUCUAGAACAUGCCGAGCCGUUGCUUAAAGUCACGAUUGUCCCUCGUGGGACCGCAGCACUUGGUUUCGCUCAGUAUGUUCCGAACGAAAACCUUCUCAUGACCAAAGAGCAGCUCUUUGACAUGACAUGCAUGACCCUCGGCGGCCGGGCCUCUGAGCAGGUGUUGCUUGGAAAAAUAUCAACGGGGGCCCAAAACGAUCUGGAGAAGGUGACCAAGAUGACGUACGCACAGGUGGCAAUAUACGGGUUCAGUGAGAAAGUGGGCCUGUUAUCCUUCCCCCAGAGGGAUGAUGGGCUUGAGAUGGGCAAGCCCUAUAGCAGCAAAACUGCUGCAAUCAUAGACAAUGAGGUCCGGGAAUGGGUCGGCAAGGCUUACACCCGUACGGUCCAGCUCAUAGAGGAGCACAAGGACCAUGUGGCCCAAAUUGCCGAGCUUCUGCUCGAGAAGGAGGUCUUGCAUCAGGAUGACUUGGUCCGGGUAUUGGGCCAACGCCCAUUCAAAUCGAGUGAGCCCACAAAUUACGAUAGGUUCAAACAAGGUUUUGAGGAGGAGAGUGGAGAUAGUAGUAAAGCUGCAGACGAUAGUAAUGAACGUUCGGGUCCACUGGAGCCGGAUAUUAUUCCGGCUUGA